AGUUUCAUUCUUCGAGUGACAUGUGUGACAUGUACGGAUUGAGAGCAGGGGUUGUAUACGGUUCUGGUUGUCUACGCCCCACUAGGUGUUCGGAACAAUAACCCGACCAAACUAAAAAUGUCGGAGUUUGAAUGGCCGUGGCAGUACAACUUUCCGCCGUUCUUCACCCUCCAGCCCACGCUCGCCACGAAGGAGAAACAGCUCGAAGCUUGGAGCAGCCUCAUCCUCAACUAUCACCGGGCGCAUCGGGCCUACGUGCUGGACGUCACCGAAGCCCUCAGCUCGCCGCUCUUCCACAACAAGACCAUUUCGAGGAAACUGUCCGUCGAAGCGCUCCGAGACAUCCUGAACGCGAUGAGCGAACGAGGCGCCGUAGCCUGGGCGGACAAGCAGCGCAGCCGCUGCUACGUCUUCUGGAGGUCUCCGGAGGAGUGGGGCAAGCUCGUGUACGAAUGGGCUGACGCCAGCGGCCACCUCAACUCGGUGUGUACCUUCUACGAGCUGGUGCAGGGCGACGACACCACGGACACGGAGUUCGCGGGACUUGACGUGGACGUGCUCAGACUCGCGCUCCAGGCGCUCGAGAAGCAGGGCAAAGCGGAAUUGAUUACGUUUGACGGUAGCGAAGGAGUGAAGUUUUUUUAGUAACAAUUAAGGGAGUACCAUGGGCGUUUUUCCCUGGUGUAAAAGGGGGGUCUAACUGGCAUGAAGUGCUGGUGUCAAGGGCGGUUUGAACACCUGACGGGGGGGUAACUGGUGUGAAGGUCUGUGAAACCACAGUGAGGGGAGUUCUUUUAAGAACAGUGAGGAAGUAGCGUGGGUGUUUUCACUGGGUGUAGUAAGGUGGUAGAGCACCACACAGGACUUUUAAGUGGUGUGAAGUGCUGCAGAAGCUGUAACGGGUGUAAAAUGCAGUUUGAGUGUCACUGAAGGUCGUGGCUGACGUGUAAUGCCCAAAUCCCACUAGAGCAACAAACAGAAACAUGCGACAAGCCUCCAACACAGGCAGCAUGCUCGCGAUGGUACCUUUGGCAGGCGUUUAGUCCAUUGAUUCUACAAAGCCUGUCAAAUUGCAAAAGACUGGUGAGGAUUGUCGCUCUAGUGGGACUCAGGCAUAAGGUGCAGCAAGGCCACAAAUGGUGAUGAAAGUUGCGUAAAAUGUGGGUUAGGGUCCCUCCACCAAGCUCAGCUUUUUUUUUUUUCCCAAUUGUGGUUGUUGAAAGUGUUUUAAGGCUCACAAACAACAAAGGAGCGCUUGCAGGCAUGUCGAGUAUUCCUCGUUGGCAACUUUUAUUGACCCUUCAGCACUGGCCACUGAAGAUGUUUGUGAAAACAAGCACUAGUGUUGAAAAUGUUUGAGCUGCUUCAAAGUUGCUUUUAAUUUGUUGCGUUGCCGGACAUUAUCCAACAUUUGUGGUGCUGUUGCAACAAGCCACGAGUGCUUUGGCACAUGCUUUUAUUACAACUAUCGCAAAGUGAUCUCACUCGAGCUUUGUUCAACCACAGUGUCAAAAAUAAAGUGCAGUGUCCCCAUUUUC